AUGCUUCUGAAUCGUAAAAGCUUACUGUCGAAAGCAACCUUUGCCUUGACAUCCCUAUUGACCAGCACCACUUUUCAAUCCAGCAGCUGUAGCAGCACUGCCUCGGCGGCUCCCACUCCUCAAUCUGCCAAUGCUGCUGCUGCUGCUGUUGUUGUUGCCAAUGGAGCAGUAGACCAGGAUCCCUUGCUUUUACGGGUGGCACGAGGAGAAGCCAUAGCCGAUGAUUCGUCACCUCCACCAGUAUGGAUGAUGCGUCAAGCGGGACGUCACAUGAAGGCUUACCGAGAUUUGGUCCACGACUAUCCCACCUUUCGACAACGAUCCGAGAUUCCAAGGGUGGCGCUGGAAAUUUCCCUACAACCAUUCAAGGCCUACAACGUGGACGGAAUUAUUUUGUUUUCAGACAUUUUGACGCCCUUGCCCCAAAUGGGAAUUCAAUUUAAAAUUGGAGAGUCGGGAACGAUUGAAAUUGAAACCCCCUUGCUCGAUUGCGAAUCCGUAUUCCAAUCGGGGAAAUUGAAACGAUGCCCUGACUAUGACGAUUGCGUAGCGGGGACCGUGCUCCAGCACAUUCAACAGCAUUUGAAGGACACUAACAAAACGGCGACUGUUUUGGGGUUCAUUGGCCUUCCAUAUACCUUGGCCACCUAUCUAGUGGAGGGCAAGACCGCAGCCUCCUCGGGGUUUGCCAAAAUGACCCAACUGGUACGGGAAAGAGACUUGCCAAAGGUGCAGUGGUUGCACGACAUGCUAACAUUACUGGCCGAUAACUUGGCGGACUAUGCUUGUUUUCAAAUUGAAAGCGGGGCACAAGUGAUUCAAGUAUUUGAUUCCUGGGCUGGACAUUUGAACCACAAGGAGUACCAGAGGUUCGCCUUGCCCUAUCAACAACGUGUGAUUGCUCGAAUACACAAGAGAUAUCCAGAUACACCCAUUAUCAUUUACAUGGCACCAGCAAAGUAUUCCAAGAAUGGGCAACGUCUAAAGUUACUUGCACAGUCUGGUGCCAAUGUGGUUUCGGUAGACCAUACUGUAAGCCUCAAGAAAGCCAUCAAAAUCCUUCGAAAAUAUCCCAACGUCAAGGCUGUCCAAGGAAACUUGGAUCCCAAACUCCUGAGAGACGCAUCUUUGGAGGAUAUCCGAAAGGCGACUCAAAAGCUCAUUGCCCAAGCAAAAGCAAUGAAAAUGCCUCACAUUGUCAAUCUUGGACACGGGAUUCUACCAGAUACGCCGGAGGAAAAGGCGGCUGCCUUCGUGCAGGCGGUGCAUUCCUAUCCCCCACCUCUGUAG